AUGGGUUCUAUCGAACAACUUACCGCUUCCUUGACCGAAGCGGUAGCUACUCUACCUACCCAAGGCCCCAUCAAUGACGAGAAACGCAAUGCUUUCUACGCUGCUUAUGAGAAUCUCCGAAAGCAGAUUGAGACUCCCAUUGAUGCUGCCGUUAGAGUGAUCUUUGGUGGAUAUGAUGCCAUAGCUCUCAAAGUCGCCAUGGACACGCAGAUUUUGAACGAGCUCGCCAUCGCAGAAGGAAAGCCAAAGAGCGUCAUCGAGUUAUCCAAGCCAUCCGGAGCAGAUCCCCUCUUGAUCAAUCGAUUUCUUCGUGUGCUGGCUGCCAGCGGCUUGGUCAAGGAAACUGGCGAAGGCGAGUACGCAGCGGUAUCGCUCACCGGGGCAUUUUCAGACAUGUCGCCUCUUUCAAAAUCGGCCUUUCAUCUUCUUUACGGUGAAAAUCCACUCGCUAAACUUCCACAAUACCUACAAAAGACCAAUUACAAGAACCCAGACGAUAGCUGGAACGGCCCUUUCCAAUUUGCAGAGCCGACCGAUUUGCAGUAUUUCGAGUGGAUUCAGCAGCACUCACAACAUCAAGAGGCAUUCACUACACAUAUGGCCCUACAGCGAAUGGAGCGGGGACCUAACUGGUUUGAAUUUUAUCCAGUUGAAGAACGGUUGCUUGCCACUGACAAAGACACUUCCAAAGCUUUCCUCGUUGACCUUGGUGGUGGUGUUGGGCAUGACUUGGCGGCAUUCGCUGAAAAAUAUCCCAAGCUGGCUCCGAGACUGGUCCUCGAGGACCAGGAGCAUGUUCUCGCAGAUGUGGAUAAGCAAAAUUUCAAGCUCAACCCCAAUAUCCAGCGCGUUCCAACAGACCUCUUCAAACCACAAUCAGUGAAAGGUGCAAAAACAUAUUAUCUUCGCACCGUCCUUCAUGAUUGGCCAGACAAGCAAGCCAAGGAAAUCUUGAAAAACGUUUAUGAUGCAAUGAGCGACGACUCGGUGCUAAUUUUGAACGAGAAUGCGUUGCCAGACCAAAAUGUCUCAGGAUUCCAGGCUAGAAUUGAUCUAUUCAUGAUGUCUAUCUUAUCAGGAAUUGAUCGCACCUUUAAACAGUUCUACUCUCUUUUGGAAGAAAAUGGGUUUAAGGUUCUAGCCACGUACCGUCCGGAGACCUUGGCACCAGGAGCAGGGACCAUCUUUGAGGCUGUGAAAAAGCAUUAA